CGGACGGGAUGGGGUUAUAGCUUGGCUGCACUGCACCCACUGCCUCACAAUGCCACCAUGAAUGCUGCCAAUCCUCAAGUGAGGCGCAAACCGGUCCCCAGUCAGGUCAAUCGGUCUCCUGUCCGAGGCGUCACCGCCGCCUCUCCGUCCCCUAAGCAGCAACCGACAUCUUCCCCCUAUCCUCCACCCUAUCCGGAUCAUGAUCCUCCCCCGUACGAAGCUACCAACCUGGCAGUGCCGCAGCAGAAAUUGCGGCCGUCUCGAUCAGCGCAGAAUUUCCGAUCGCCUUCCCCCCAUCCCAACAGCGUAUACCCCCCCGUGCAGCGAGCUGCCACCGACUUCCGACCCGCCUCAUCCUCCUCCCACCGACCUCUAGCCCCCGACCCCAAUCACGGUCCGCUAGCGGAUGGCUCGCCCCUACAGGCCGUGCAGAAGGCGUACGCUGAAGCGCGACAUUUCCUCGGCGGGCUGAUUGCCCGUCCGACCGAGUCAACCCGACAUGUGACGAUACUGCGCCAUUCGAGCGGAAUUGUCUUUUAUCGCGGCCCGACAACGUCCGUCACCAUCUCCAUAUUCUCGGACGCGUUGCUCCCACCGGAACGAACACUAUGGUUGCAGAACAAGGGCUGGACGGGGAAAGCCGGUAUGAAAGCGAAGGCGCUGUUCCAUCUGACCGAUGACUGGCUGGAGGUGACGCCCGCUCUGGCCGUCACGGCGGAGCAGGUGGCCCCAGGGGACGAGCGCGCCUGGCAGCGCGACGUCGCCAAAUUUCGCAAAAAAGCCAGCGGUCGGCAGAAGACGCACCUCUGGCGCCAGACAGUCGUGGCGCGCGUUCCCAUCGAGGCCGGUGACGGAUAUUUCAGCCUGGUGCUGUGCCACGGGCCCGGGAAGAAGAAGACCAUGUGCACCAGCCCGGUCUUCCGUAUCCUAUCCACCAGCAUCAAUCCCAGCUCGGUGCGCGGCGCCAGUCUGAGCACCAUGCCGCUGGAGAUGGGCGCGCUCGUCUUGGGGAUGUACGCGCAGUCUGCGGCACAGACAGUGCUCGCCCCCGUCACUUCGGCGGUGCAGACGCGUCUCCAACCAUACCAGCCGGGGAUGCUGACGCAGACGGCGGCCAAGGAGGCCUACUCCCUGAGCCAUGUCGGCGACCAUGUGUCGACCCUCCUUUCGGGCUACGAGGGGCAGCAACGUGCGGCGCAGUCCCGGGGCCAGGGACAAGGACCGGAGCUGGCUCCACCGUCAUUGGACGACGGCCCCCAGCCGCCGUUCCCGGUCGAUUUCAAAUGUCGGGCGGCGUGGGACCUGCCCCCAGUCUGGACCCCCGACGCGGCGUCCGAGCCGCCCCGGUGCAUCAUCCAGAAAGCGCCCGAUCAUAUCUGCGACCGCUUUCUUGGGUUCUUUGUCGUGUGGGUACGCUUCGAGAAAAGGGGGAGAAGUCCUGUCCCGUGGUCCGCUGGUCCUGCUACCCCUGGCAGCGAGGACACAACCCCCGUCUGGCACCCCGGCGUGCUUUCGAUCCGACAGUUCGAUCCCCGUACGCAACCCCGCGUCCAGCUCUCCCAGACAAUGAAGAAAACGGUACACCUCCGCUUCCUCGACGAAAUCCCUCUGCCACCCGUCCAGGACCUCCCCGCCAUGUCGCUGACCCUGUCCGUCCGCAUCAUGGCCUUCCUCCGUGCGGACCUCCCGCCGCCAACGGGACGCACACCAGCAGAGCUCUACGCGGCGCGGGAAGCAGCCUCCGAGGCCGCGAUGCUAGCGGAGGCGUGCGACGCCGACUCGGCGCUGGGGAUCCUGGCUCAUCCGGCGUGGGCCGUUGUCGAUCGCGAUGAGCAGGCCUCGUGGAUCGACCGCACGAGGCAGGGGCUUGACACCGCGCGGCAUGUCGGACAACGCGCGAUCGAGAAUGUGCCCUUGCAUUGGGUGGGGGUGCGUGCCCCUACGGUGGAUAUGUCGCACGGUGGGGGGUUCUACGUUCCGAGGUAGAUGUAUGAUACGGUGGUUCAUGGACGAGUGUAUAGUAUGGGUAUAUAUUGUAUUGACUGGAAGGGGAUCUCGAAGUGUACAUUAGGUAUAUAAUAAUGAUAAUCAAU